AUGUCCUUUCUCCGUGUGUUUAAGGUAUUUGGAGCAGACAUCAAAUCUAUCGACCACGCCCAUCGACCAAUAGCCAAGCGUAACACAUCUGACGUCAUGUACUCUGGCGAUGACGCAAUAGCGAAUCGUAACACAUCUGGCGAUGACGUAAACAUGACGUUUACCAUCAUCGAUGAGGUCGACAGGACCAGUGGUUCUUACCAAAACGUGACGACCUCGAAGAGUACCGGGCACGGUCAGACUGAGAUCGAAGUCGUCCUGCUGUUCUUUAUCCUGAUGUUUGUGAUCGUGAUGGCCAGUGUAGGAGUCAGUAGUGCCUGUAACAAACUCGCACGUCACUUGGAUGACAGAAAAAGGCGGGCUAGGAUCCUGCCUCAAGAAACCGAAGACUCUUACUUCGACUCGGCGGAAGGAGUUGAGGACAGGAGGGGGUAUCCUGAUGAGGAGGACUCGCCGUCAGAUAUGGACAUGUACAAGAAUGAUAACGUCUAUAUCCUGACCAGGUCGUCCCCGCCUGGAGGGAGGAAUCAGACGGUGAUAGACGUGGUGCCUUUGUCUUCCCCCGGGUCGUCCUGUGGGAACUCUGUCUACGGCAGCGCCAAGGUGUUCUCAUGGACUUCCGUCAACCCGGAUAUAUUACUGCAUUCUACCUCCUGCUGAAACUUUCCUGGUG